AAGUGUCAUGUGACUCCCCUCUACUGGUCCCGCCUCUUUCCCCGCCCCGGUCCCGGCGAGCGCUGGUGUGGACGGGAAGAUCCCGGCCCAGCGGAUUAACUGGAGCACGGACGCUGUAGCCGGUUGGGCCGGUGCCCUUUCCCGCUCUGGAAAGGAAGAGAGAUGGAAGUGAAAAAGUUGAGCAUUUCCUGGCAGUUCUUGAUAGUUCUGGUUCUGAUCCUGCAAAUUCUGUCUGCGCUGGAUUUUGACCCAUACAGAGUCCUAGGGGUCAGCCGAACAGCCAGUCAGGCUGACAUUAAAAAGGCUUAUAAGAAGCUCGCCCGGGAAUGGCAUCCUGACAAAAACAAAGAUCCUGGAGCAGAAGACAAGUUCAUUCAAAUCAGCAAGGCUUACGAGAUUCUUUCCAACGAAGAAAAGAGAUCAAAUUAUGAUCGCUAUGGAGAUGCUGGAGAGAAUCAGGGCUUCCAGAAGCAGCAGCAGCAGCGAGAGUAUCGCUUCCGCCAUUUCCAUGAAAAUUUUUAUUUCGAUGAAUCCUUUUUUCACUUCCCUUUUAAUUCUGAGCGGCGGGACUCAAUUGAUGAAAAGUAUUUACUGCACUUUUCACAUUAUGUGAAUGAAGUGGUUCCAGAUAGCUUCAAGAAACCCUACCUCAUUAAGAUCACCUCAGAUUGGUGCUUUAGCUGUAUCCAUAUUGAGCCGGUUUGGAAAGAAGUAGUUCAAGAGCUGGAAGGCUUAGGGGUAGGAAUCGGCGUGGUCCAUGCUGGCUAUGAGAGACGCCUAGCCCAUCACCUGGGAGCACACAGCACACCCUCCAUCCUCGGCAUCAUUAACGGGAAAGUCUCCUUCUUCCACAACGCGGUGGUUCAGGAGAACCUACGGCAAUUUGUAGAAAGUCUUCUGCCAGGGAACUUGGUGGAGAAAGUUACAAAUAAAAAUUACGUCCGAUUCCUCUCUGGCUGGCAGCAGGAGAACAAACCUCAUGUCCUUCUGUUUGACCAGAUACCCACUGUGCCACUGCUGUACAAGUUGACUGCUUUUGCCCACAAAGAUUAUUUAUCCUUUGGAUAUGUGUAUGUGGGUUUGCGAGGGGCGGAGGAGAUGACGAGGCUGUACAAUAUUCAUUUCCACACCCCCAGCAUGCUGAUCUUUAAAGAACACAUAAACAAGCCUGCCGAUGUCCUCCAGGGCCGAGGUAUGAAGAAGCAAGUCAUUGACGAUUUCAUUGCCCAGAACAAGUAUCUGUUGGCAGCCAGGCUUACCAGCCAGAAGUUGUUCCAUGAACUCUGCCCUGUGAAACGGUCUCACCGACAGAGGAAGUACUGUGUGGUUUUACUGACUGCCGAGGCUUCCAAGUUAAGCAAACCCUUUGAGUCUUUCCUGUCCUUUGCCGUGGCAAACACUCAAGACAUCGUGAGAUUUGUGCACGUCUACAGCAGUCGGCAGCAGGAGUUUGCCAACACCUUGCUACCAGAUGGCGAGGCCUUUCAGGGGAAAUCAGCGGUGUCUAUCUUAGAAAGGCGCAACACCGCAGGAAGGGUGGUGUAUAAAACCCUGGAAGAUCCCUGGACCGGGAGUGAGAGUGAUAAAUUCAUCCUCUUGGGUUAUAUCGACCAGCUGCGGAAAGAUCCAGCUCUUCUGUCAUCUGAAGCUGUGCUUCCUGACCUCACCGAUGAACUUGCUCCUGUUUUUCUCCUUCGUUGGAUCUACUCUGCUUCUGACUACAUCUCGGACUGCUGGGAUGGCAUAUUUCACAGCAACUGGCGGGAAAUGAUGCCUCUCCUGUCCCUGAUCUUCUCUGCCCUCUUCAUCCUCUUUGGCACCGUCAUCGUCCAGGCUUUCAGUGACUCAAAUGAUGAGCGAGAGUCAAACCCUCCAGACAAAGAAGAAGCCCAUGAGAAGGUUGGGAAGACAGAGCCAAGCUUCACCAAAGAAAACACCAGCAAGAUUCCUAAAAAAGGCUUUGUGGAGGUGACUGAACUCACAGAUGUGACAUACACCAGUAACUUGGUACGCCUGAGGCCAGGCCACAUGAACGUGGUCCUCAUCUUGUCAAAUUCCACCAAGAACAGCCUACUACAGAAAUUUGCUUUGGAGGUCUACACAUUCACUGGGAGCAACUGCCUACACUUCUCCUUCCUGAGUCUAGAUAAACACAGAGAAUGGCUAGAAUACUUACUAGAAUUUGCUCAGGAUGCAGCCCCAAUCCCAAACCAGUAUGAUAAGCAUUUCAUGGAACGUGACUAUACUGGUUAUGUACUGGCUCUGAAUGGCCACAAGAAAUACUUCUGCCUCUUCAAGCCCCAAAAAACAGUGGAAGAGGAGGAGGCUAUGGGCUCAUGCAGUGAUCUUGACUCUUCCUUCCACCUGAGUGAAUCUCGAGGGAAAUCUUCCAGUGGCCUUGGAUCCAGGCCCAUCAAAGGGAAAUUGAGCAAGUUGUCCUUAUGGAUGGAACGCCUGUUGGAGGGCUCCUUACAGAGGUUUUAUAUCCCAUCAUGGCCUGAACUAGACUGAGAGGAUUUCAAAAAGAGAUUUGAACUCUUCAGACUUUUUAACAUGCCCCUAUGAACAGGUAUUUUCAGGACUCAAACUAUCACCAUGAAGAGAGUAUAGAUUUUAGAUUACUCUUCUAGAACAAUGGCUAGAAGAAUCUUUCCUUUGUCCUGUUCUAACCUCAGAGUGAAAAACUCCACAAGUUUGAAUUCCCUAGAUCAAAAUAUUUUCCUUUGGUUUCCUUUCCCCCCCUCAUUUGAAUGCCACACCAUUUAAACUAGACUGCUCCCUCCCUGUUCCUCCCUCAUCCCUGCCACGUGCUCUCCCUCACCCUCUCCUGUCCUCUCUCUUAUGUUAGAGAAACACAGGGCCCAGCCCUGCAGCAGCACCUGGGCGGACCCUCCUGAGCCUGUUGUGCAGGCCAGGUUAUUGGCCUCGUCUCCCAUGCCCUGCCCCACCACGUUGGCCCUGCCGUGCUUCUGCCCUGGCGCAUGCUCUUGACACUGAACAGCCCACAGCAGCUUCUAGCCCUGCAUCUUGGAAGAGGCCUAGUUCCAAGCAAUCUCACAUUUUGUGGUGGUUCUGGGAAUAAGUGGCUAAAAGGAUAUUUUGGGGGUAUCCCCCACAACAGUUUGUUGCCCACACACAGUUAAAAAGGAAAUGGAAAGGGUGUUCUGCAUGUGGGUUCCCCAAAAAAUAGAAGGGAGGCCUGGGCUGUGGCUGGAACAGAGGAGCUGGGUGAGGGUUUGGGAGCCUCCCAUCCACUGCCUCAGCACCGCCCACGACCAGGGCAGGGCCUGCACAGCAAGAAGUACUGUACUGACUUUGAGCCAUUGACUUGUAUGUUUUCAGAUGCCUUUCUGCCUCUGUCGAUUUUAGGGUAUGGAUAUUAGGAGCCAUAACUUGUAAUCUUACUCUCUGAAUGUAGAGAUAAGCUGCUCUAAAGCCAGUAGAUGUUAAACUGAAGAGAAUUUAUUCCCACCUGCAUGAGUCAGGCUCCAGGAACUCCUUACUCCAGUGGUGUCUCUUUAGUUACAUAUCAGACAUGUCUUUCUAUCAAGGAACUUAAAAUUUCUCAGCAAUUGUAUUUUGAACACUGUUACCCCAAAAGUGCUGUAUCUUCCAAUUGUUUUUUGUGACACAUGCAAGCCAAGACUUGUUCUGGACUCCUGUUUUGCAAAAGGCUUUCCACUUCUGGCCUAUAUCUUGAUGUUUUAGCUUAAUUGUUUUCACUUUUAACUACAUCUGCUUCAGCAGUAUCACGGUGGAACUAACCGUCAGCACUGAGCUUGCUGAGCUCCAGUGGGUAGUGGACCCCAGGCUGGAUCAUACCAGCCAGUUGAAGAACAGACCUUUUAAUUUUUAGGGCAAAACCACCAGUGGAGUUUGGACAGCUUCAAAGAGUAGUCUGUGUUCAAAUGUCAAAGCAGAUUACCCUUUUGUAAAGUGAAGGGUGAAAAUCAGUGAUAGAACAUUUACAAAGUUAGUGUUUUCUUAAUCAUAAUUGCUUUAAACUAAGCCACUUGGAUCCUGAAUAAUUUAAAUAUUGAGCUACACUGGUAAGUAAUAAAUUAUUGAAGCCCAGGAAUUCCUAUAGUUUUCAUGGAGUUUAUAGCUUUAUUAAAAAAUAAAGAAAUCACUGCCAGGCUUCAUUCUUCCAUAUGAUCCUCUAAAUAUGGAGGCUUACUCUGAAUGUUGUAUCUCAUGGCACCUGGCCCAGUUAGAAAUGGUCAAGGAAUUCAGCUGGGCACAGUGGUUCAUGCCUGUAAUCCUGGCACUCUGGGAGGCCAAGGUAGGAGUAUCGCUUGAGGUCAGGAGUUUGGGACCAGCCCAAGCAAGAGUCUGGGUUCUACAUGGGGGUUCUCAAGAAAAAAGAAGGGAGGCCUGGCCAGUAGUUGGAAUGGAGCAGCUCUGUGAGCCAUCAUGACCCUGUCUCUUCAAAAAAUAGAAAAAAUUAGCUGGAUAUGGUGGGACACACCUGUAGUCCCAGCCACUCAGCAGGCUAAGGCAGGAAAAUCACUUGAGCCCUGGAAUUUGAGGUUGCAGUGAGCUAUGAUAAUGCCACUGUACUCUAGCCCAGGUGAUGGAGUCUCGCUCUAUCCUCCCCAUCCAAAAAAGGAAUUCAUCUGGCUCCUUGAUACACCAGUUCUUAAAAUUAUUUUCUGGGGCAGCGCCUGUGGCUCAAAGGAGUAAGGCGCUGGCCCCAUAUGCCAGAGGUGGCGGGUUCAAACCCAGCCCCGGCCGAAAAAAAAAUUAUUUUCUGGGCACCGGCCAUGGUGGCUCACACCUGUAAUCCUAGCACUCUGAGGCCAACAUGGGUGGAUUGCCUGUUUCUAGAAAUAGCCAGGCAUUGUGGCAGGUACCUGUAGUCCAGCUAUUUGGGAGGCUGAGGCAAGAGAAUUGCUUCAGCCCAAGAGUUUGGGGUUGCUGUGAGUUAUGAUGCCAUGGUACUCUACCAAGGGUGAUAAAGUAAAACUCUGUCUCAAAAAAAAACUAUGGGCGGCACCUGUGGCUCGCCGGCCCCAUAAUACCAGAGGUGGCGGGUUCAAACCUGGCCCCAGCCAAAACUAUAAAAAAAGAAAAAUAUAUAUAUAUAGCUCCAUGCCUAUAACAGCUCAGUGGGUAGGGCAUCGGCCACACAAACCAGGGCUGGAAGGUUCAAACUGGCCCAGGCCUGCUAAACAACAGUGCAACAAUGAUAACUGCAACAAAAAAAUGGCUGGGCAUUGUGGCAGGCGCCUGUAGUCUCAGCUAUUUGGGAGGCUGAAGCAAGAAAUCUCUUAAGUCCAAGAGUUGAGGUUCUGUGAGCUGUGACGUCACAGCACUCUACUGAGGGCGACAUAGUAAGACUCGGUCUCAAAAAAAUAUUUUAUGAGUUCCUUAUGGCCAGAUUGUACAUAAGCGUAGGGUUUGGGUUUGGUAAUAGGUUUUUGUUUUUAUUUUCUGGUACUAAUGAAAUUCCUAAUCUUAAUGUCUAAAAACCAAAAAUUACCCAGAUUUGUUCUUUUAAAAAAUGUUUAUCAUUACAAUAAAAAGCACCCUCAGGGCCAGGUACUAUGGGUCACACCUAUAGUCCCAGCACUUUGGGAAGCCAAGGCAGGUGGGUAGCUUGAAGCUUGGAGUUCAAGCCCAACCUAAGCGACAUAGCGAGACCCUGUCUCAACAAAAAAGAAAAUGAGAAAAAUUAGCUAGGCCAAGCACAGUGGCUCACGCUUGUAAUAUUAGCAUUCUGGGAAGCCAAGGCGAGUGGAUUGCUGAGCUCACAGGUUCAAGACCAGCCUGAGGGCGGCGCCUGUGGCUCAGUCGGUAAGGCGCUGGCCCCAUAUACCGAGGGUGGUGGGUUCAAACCCAGCCCCGGCCAAACUGCAACCAAAAAAUAGCCGGGCGUUGUGGCGGGCGCCUGUAGUCCCAGGUACUUGGGAGGCUGAGACAAGAGAAUUGCUUAAGCCCAGGAGUUGGAGGUUGCUGUGAGCUGUGUGAGGCCACAGCACUCUACCGAGGGCCAUAAAGUGAGACUCUGUCUCACAAAAAAAAAGACCAGCCUGAGCCAGGUGUUGUAGUGGGCGCCUGUAGUCCCAGCUACUCGGGAGGCUGAGGCAGGAGAAUUGCUUAAACCCAAGAGUUUGAGGUUGCUGUGAGCUAUGACAGCACAGCACUCUACCAAGGAUGACAAAGUGAGACUGUCCAAAAAAUAAAAAUAAGAAGGAAAAAUUAGCUAGGCAUGGUCACAUGCCUGUAGUGCCAGCUACUCAGGAGGCUGAGGCAGGAGGAUCCCUUGAGCCCAGGAGUUUGAGACUGGAGUGAGCUAUGAUUGCAAGACUACUUCAGCCUGGGUAACAGAGUGAGACCCUGUCUCUGAAAAAAUAAGUAAAUAAAACACUUCCAUACAGCCACAUCUUCCAUUUGUACUAGGAAAGAAAAGUGGUGAUAAGAUUGUCAAUAUUUCUGCAAAUGUUUCAGUCCAAAUAUUCUGCAGAUCCAUUUGGGAGCUGGUAGAUAUGUCCCCCAUGAGGUUGCUAGGGAGCUUUUAACUUGAACUUUACCCUUGGUCACCCAAGCCUUUCCUCCUGAAUAGUUUCCAAGAAUUUGUUUACUUUGAUGUCAAAGGUAUAAGCUGUUGUCCUGCUCAGCCAGUGCCACUGUUUCUUUCUGAUGUAAGCAAUUACACUGGACCCAAUUUGAGUUGUAAGUUAAUGCCCUAUCUUUGAAUAUCAACACUGAUGUUUUCUAAGGUGGGCUCUUCUGGUGAAUACAGACUGCAUCCUGCUUAGCGGACAGGGUGAAACUGACCUAAAGUAAGUCUUAGUAGAAUACACAUCCAUUUCAAAAAAUAAUUUGUUUUAUUGCUCAGGUAUUGGCUGCACAAUUAGUUAAUUGUCAUUAGCUGAGGUCAUCAGCUGCCACUCAGCACCAUUUCAGUGAGCAGGACUGUCCCAACUUCCAUCAGGGGCCAUGCUCUCUUGCCAUCACUUAGAGAUGAGAAUUUGGCUGUAGUUUUCAGACAGGUUGAUUUUCUCCUCAUUUGCAGCCUAUUCAUACUUGCGCCCUAAUCAACUUGCAGCUGCCAUUGAUACAUGUUUUCCAGAUAUAAAAAGAAAUGGGAUCCAACUGUGUUCUAAGGGAUUUGCUUUGGGGGGAAUAAGGAUCGGAAGCAAUCACUCAAAACCUUUUUUUUUUUUUAAGUGUAAUUCUUUAAAUGCUGAUGCAAAACAUCUUUACAGAGGAAAUGUAGCUCAAGUCCCUUGUCCCUUGAAAACAAAAACAGUGUGGCAGCUGCUGAAUCUGCUCAGUUUGUGAAGGAGAAUAAUGAUAUUAGGGAGACAUCUGAAAAGAAGGUGAAUGACUGUUUUGCACUUUUGAUACUCUUAGGAACAAAUAACUUAUUUGGCAAAUUGUGUCUUUUUUAUGUUUGGGGUAUCUUUUUUGUUUGGGGUUUUUUUGUAUGGUGAACAGGCACUGAAGUUGAUGUUAUUUUGUUUUAAGAAUAUUACAGACUGAAAACAGAAAUAAACUAUUUUAA